AUGAUUGAAGAUCUGCUCGCUGGGACUUCCCCUGGCCGGGCAGCACUUUGGCUUCUGGGGCUGUUCGUCGCCUGGUGCGUAUUCCGCAAGGUACAAGCGGCUGCUCAAAUUUCUCGCCUUGGUGCGAGAGCUCCAAAGAUCCAUUUCCGCCUUCCUUAUGCCCUCGAUUUCAUCUACAAAGGCCACCAGGCCAACCUGGUGAACGGUGAUAUUGAAUUCUGGGAUCAAACCAUCAUGAAUGCAGGCGGCCAGACGAACGUGAAGACCGCCGAGCUUGAUGCCGGCAUCUCGACCCGUGCUAUAAUGACUAAAGACCCGGAAAACAUCAAGGCUCUGCUUACCGGUCAGUUUGCUGAUUACGGCAAGGGCGAGCCAUUCCACAAGGAUUGGAAGGAGUUUCUUGGGGACAGCAUCUUCGCCACGGACGGAGAGCUAUGGUCUCGCUCUCGACAGCUCAUCCGUCCUAUGUUUGCUCGCGAGCGUAUUGUCGACACGGAAAUCUUCGAGAAGCAUGUCCAGAAACUGAUUCCACUUCUUGGGGGUAGUCACUCUCCUAGUAGCAGCAGAGUUGUAGAUGUCGGGUCGCUCUUCUUCCGGUACACCCUCGAUGCAGCAACCGACUACCUCCUCGGCCAGGGAACAGACAGUCUUGAGAACCCAGCCACCCACUUUGCCGAAGCAUUCAGAUACGUGCAGCAACGUCAAGCGGAGCUUUUCCGGUUCGGAGUCUUCAGCUUCGCCAUGUCACGGACAGAGUUCCGUAAAAACCUCAAGGUAAUGGAUGACUUCAUUCAACCCUACAUCGAAACUGUCCUAUCCCUCUCCACCGACGAACUAGACCAAAAGCUCUCAAAACGUGAGACAUUCCUCGAUGCGCUUGCCCGAUUCACCCGUGAUCCACGAGUCCUACGAGACCAACUCGUAGCCGUCCUCCUAGCCGGCCGAGACACAACCGCCGGAACACUAUCCUUCUGCCUCUUCGAACUAUCCCGCAACCCAGAAGUCGUCGCCAAACUACGCCAGGAAAUCCGCGAGCGCCUCGGCGUAGGCGCCAAUGGCCAAAAGCCAACCUACAAUGAUCUGAAGGAAAUGAAAUACCUAAAUGCAGUGCUCCACGAAACAAUGCGCGUCUACCCAGUCGUCCCCUUCAACGUCCGCUACUCCCUCCGCGACACAACUCUCCCACGCGGCGGCGGCCCAGACGGAAUGGCACCAGUAGGCGUGCGCGCCAACUCCCGAGUCAUCUACUCGACGAUGCUGAUGCAACGUGAUCCGGAUCUAUAUGACGGCCCCGAAUCAAAGAACUACUUUGAUCCCGCGAGGUGGAUUCCCGAGCGGUGGGUUUCGAAUUGGCAGCCCAGGCCGUGGCAUUUCAUUCCGUUUAAUGGUGGCCCGCGGAUCUGUAUUGGACAGCAAUUUGCCACUAUUGAAAUGGGCUAUACCAUUAUUCGGAUCUUGCAGGCUUAUGAGCGUAUUAUUGCGUUGCCUGUUAAUGGGAAGGAGAAGGUUGAGGAUCCUGUGCUGAGGUUUGAGGUUACGCUUAGUCCUGGCUCUGAGUUGAAUUGUGUUUUCCUUAAGGAAGGAGAGGAGGCGAGUCGUGCUUCUUAUAAAUAUUAG